CGGCGGCUCCGCCCCGUCGAGGCGGCUCCCGGGAGCGGCGGCCGCAGAGCAGCGCGGCGGUGCGGGGCGGCGGCGCGGCUGUGCGGGGCGGCGGCGCCCGCGGUCGUCAUGUCGCCUCCGCCGGGCGACGCGGGCCCGGGGCCGCCGCGGACGCUGUCCCCCGCCGCGCGGCUGAGCUUCGCGGUCGGUCACUUCCUCAACGACCUGUGCGCGGGCAUGUGGUUCACCUACCUGCUGCUGUUCCUGCACUCGGUGCGCGGCUACAGCUCGCGCGGCGCCGGGCUGCUGCUGCUGCUGGGCCAGGCGGCCGACGGGCUCUGCACGCCGCUCGUGGGCUACGAGGCCGACCGCGCCGCCUGCGCGCGCUACGGGCCCCGCAAGGCCUGGCACCUGGCGGGCACCGUCUGUGUCCUGCUGUCUUUCCCGUUCAUCUUCAGCCCAUGCCUGGGCUGCGGGGAGGCCACCCCUGAGUGGGCCGCCCUGCUCUAUUAUGGACCCUUCAUCGUCAUCUUCCAGUUUGGCUGGGCUGCCACGCAGAUUGCCCACCUGAGUCUCAUCCCAGAGCUGGUGACCAGCGACCACGAGAAGGUGGAGCUCACAGCCCUCAGGUACGCGUUCACCGUGGUGGCCAACAUCACGGUGUAUGGCGCUGCCUGGCUGCUGCUCCAUCUGCAGGGCUCCUCACAUGCGGGGCAGGACGUCAGUGGGGGCGACCAGCUGGGCGUCCAGGAUGUGCCGGUGUUUCGGAACCUGGCCCUGCUGGUGGUGGGCGUGGGAGCCGUCUUCUCCCUGCUCUUCCAUCUGGGUACCAAGGAGGGGCGGCGCCGGCCCCCGGGCACGGAACCUGACGAGCACAGCCCCUUGGUGGCCCCCACGGCCCGGCCACAUCUGCUCUGGAAGCACUGGCUUCGAGAGCCAGCAUUCUAUCAGGUGGGCAUGCUGUACAUGACCACGAGGCUGAUUGUGAACCUGUCUCAGACCUACAUUGCCAUGUACCUGAGUUACUCUCUCAGCCUGCCCAAGAAGUUCAUCGCCACCAUCCCUCUGGUGAUGUACCUGAGCGGUUUCAUCUCCUCAUUCCUCAUGAAGCCCAUCAACAGGCGAAUAGGGAGGAAUAUGACCUACUUCACCGGGCUGCUGGUGAUCCUGGCCUUCGCCGCAUGGGUGGCCCUGGCCGAUAAGCUGGGCGUGGCCGUGUACGGGGCCGCGGUGCUGCUGGGUGCCGGCUGCGCCACCAUCCUUGUCACCUCGCUGGCCAUGACCGCCGACCUCAUCGGCCCCCACACGCGCAGCGGAGCCUUCGUGUACGGUGCUAUGAGCUUCUCGGACAAGGUGGCCAACGGGCUGGCGGUGAUGGUCGCGCAGAGCCUGCACCCCUGCCCUUCCGAGCUGUGCUGCAGGGCCUGCGUUGGCUUCUACCACUGGGUGAUGGUGAUCGUCACGGGCGGCGUGGGGGUGGCCGCGGCCCUGGCUCUCUGCAGCCUCCUCAUCUGGCCCAUCCGCAUCCGCAACCGGGACCUCGGAGACCGGCCCUGACCUGGCUCCCCGCGGCAACAGGAGAAGGACCAGACACCCUAACCUCCCUGGCUCCCCACCUGCCUGGGGUCAGAGGGCACGGUGUGCAGGGGG